ACCAUUGUACACAACUCUUAACUCUCAAGCAUUCACAACAUCAUACCUUUCAUUCACAAUCUCACCACCGUAAGCAAUCAAUGGCUGAACUCGUGCUUUCUUCCCUCCUCCCUGUCCUCUUUGAGUAGCUGUCCGAUGCAGCUUUCAAAACCAUUGCUCGCCACAAGGGACUUGAUGCUGAGAUCAAGAAAUUGCAGAAAUCAUUAGUCUCCAUCCAACUUUAUCUUACUCAUGCUUCUCAGAUGGAGAUAACCGAUCCAUCUGUGAAACAGCGACUGAACGAUCUCCAGCAUCUGGCUUAUGACAUCGAUGACGUCCUCGAUGGUUGGGCUACCGACACUAUGGACCCUGAGUUCAAGCAACAGCCAGAAGGCAUCACCGGAAAGGUAAGAAAGCUAAUCACCCCAACUUGUUGCACAACUUUCUCACGGACUACUACUAUGAUUGCCGAGUUAGAUGCUAUUUCCACCAAAUUACAAGAUCUAGUUAAGGAGAAAGCUGACCUUGGUUUAGAUAAUCUUGGUUUGAAAGUGGAAGAGGAAACUAGGCCAAGAACUAAUAAUAACCGAAGAUUACAAACCUCUGUUGUCAACCCAUCUAGUAUUGUUGGGCGCCAAGCUCAUAAAGAUGCACUGGUUCAACAGCUAUUGUUACCGGCUGAUGAACCAUGUGAUCUAAACUAUAGCAUUGUUCCCAUAGUUGGUAUGGGUGGGCUUGGAAAAACAACUCUGGCUAGACUUGUGUACGAAGAACAACAGGUCAAGGAUCACUUUGAUCUAAAAGCAUGGGUUUGUGUAUCUGAUGAGUUUGACAACGUUCGUAUAAGCAAAGAGAUCUUUCAAUCUAUGGCAAACAAGGAAGUUUCAGAUUUUAAUCGGCUUCAAGAAGCUCUUAAAGAUCACAUAAAGGGUAAAAAGUUUCUGUUGGUGCUAGAUGAUAUAUGGGGCGAAAGUUAUGAGGAUUGGGAAACCCUCGUCAGACCGUUGUAUACAUGUGCUCCUGGAAGUAAGAUCAUUAUAACAACACGGAAGGAUCAAUUGCUCAAACAGUUGGUUUACAAUCCUCUACACAAGCAGCUACACGGCCUCUCAGAUGAUGACGCUUUGUCUUUACUUGCUCGAAAUGCGUUAGGUGUAGAGAACUUUGAUGCACAUUUGUCGCUUAAACCAUAUGCCGAAGGUAUUGUGAAAAAAUGUGGAGGAUUACCUUUAGCUUUAAUAGCACUUGGUAGAUUGUUAAGAACAAAAAGAGAUGAAGCACAUCAUUGGAUCAAUGUGUCAAACAGUGACAUUUGGAGAUUAAAAGUUAAGGGUGGAAUUCUCCCGGCCCUAAGACUAAGCUACGAUGAUCUUUCGGCACCUUUGAAGCGGUUGUUUGCAUACUGCUCCUUAUUUCCCAAGGACUUCCUGUUUGACAAGGAGGAUCUGGUUUUAUUAUGGAUGGCUGAAGGGUUAUGUCAGCCAACUCUGAUUCACUCAACAGAAGAACAGCAAUUGGGUAACGAAUUCUUUGAUGAGUUGUUGUCAAGGUCAUUUUUUCAACAUGCACCUCAUAAUGAAUCAUUAUUUGUGAUGCAUGACCUCAUGAAUGACUUGGCGACAUCUGUUGCUACCGAGUUUUAUUUAAGGUUAGACAACAAGUCAGAGAAGAAUAUUAAGAAGAUGAAGCUAGACAAGUACCACCAUAUGUCAUUUAUUCGUGAGAAAUAUGUAGCUUACGAGAAGCUCCAGGUACUUGAAAACGCCAAAUGUAUGAGGACAUUCUUGGCAACGUUUGUUGGGGAGGUGGAACGUUGGCGAAAAUUUUACUUAUCCAAUAAGAUUCUGACUGACUUGCUUCCUAAGUUACCAUUAUUAAGGGUUCUAAGUUUAAGCGGCUUUGAAAUAAGUGAGUUACCGGAGUCCAUUGGUACUUUGAGGCACUUGAGAUAUCUUAAUCUAUCUCGAACUAGUAUCACACAUUUACCGGAAAAGGUUUGCAAUCUUGUUAAUUUACAAACAUUGAUCCUGUUUGGUUGUGAUCAAUUAACAAAGUUGCCCAACAACUUCCUGAAUCUGAAGAACCUGCAACAUCUUGACGUUAGGGACACCAAGCUUUUGUUUAAGAUGUUGUUAGAGAUUGGUAAGUUGAAAAGCCUACAAAUUUCUCUCUCGAAAAUUGAUAUUGAAAGUGAAAGCGGAAUUGAAAUAGCCAAACUUAAAGACUUUGAGAAUCUAUAUGGGAAAAUUUCUGUUGUAGGUUUGGAAAAAGUGCAAAAUGCAAUUUAUGCACAUGAGGCGAACUUUUCAGAAAAAAGGCUUAGUGAGUUAGAGCUUGUAUGGGGUGAUGUGCUAAAUGAUUCUCGAAAUGACAUGCUUGAAAAAGCGGUCCUAAAUGAGUUGAAGCCUUGUCAAGAUGAGUUAAUACAACUCAAAAUUAGGUCAUAUGGGGGACUGGAGUUUCCAAACUGGGUCGGGGAUCCCUCGUUUCUUCAUUUGAAGCAUGUGUCAAUAAGUGGCUGUAAGAGAUGUACAUCAAUACCGACACUGGGACAACUACCGUCACUGAAGGAGUUGUUAAUUGAAGGCUUACAUGAGUGGAAGAAAUGGUCAGGGGAUGUGUUUCCACGCUUGCAAAAGCUUGAAAUAACUGGUUGUCCUAAUUUGGGUGAAGUCAGACUUAAAGCACUGCCUUCAUUGAGUGAUCUAAAACUAGAGAACUGUGACAGUGGUGUGUUGAGAAGUCUGGUUGAAGUAGCUUCAGCAGUCACUAAGUUGGGAAUAAGGGAUAUUUCAGGGCUUAAUGAUAUGGUGUGGGGAGGUGUUAUAGAGUCUCUUGGGGCAGUUGAAGAAUUACACAUAUAUGGAUGUAAUGAGAUAAGAUACCUGGUGAAAUCAGAUGCAGAUGCAAGUAAGAUUCUUUUGAAGUUAAGGGAGUUGCAAGUGGGUGAUUGUGAUAAUUUGGUGAGUAUAGGAGAGAAAGAGGAGGAGGAGGAGGAGGAUAAUUGUAGGAGCAACAUCCUAACAUCUCUUAGGAAGUUGAGAGUGUCUUGUUGUAAGAAUAUGGUGCGUUGCAGCUGUCCAGAUGGCAUUGAGGAGUUGAGUGUCGUUGAUUGUAGUUCAAUGACAGUUGUGUCGUUUCCAAAAGGAGGACAGGAGAAGCUCAGGUCACUUAGAAUAUGGAAUUGCAGGAACCUAUUGGAAAGGGAGUGGGAGUGGGGAGGACAAAAAACAAACAACAACAGAAGCAGCAUGCCCAUGCUUGAACAUGUAAAGAUAUGUGAUUGGCCAAAUCUGAAAUCAAUCAUUGAAUUGGACUGCUUGGUUCACCUCACUGAAUUGAUUAUAUUCGACUGUGAAAACCUUGAGUCAUUUCCAGACACUUUAAUAUCCUUAAAGAAACUGGAAAUAUUCAAUUGUCCCAAAUUGGAUGUUUCCAGUCUUGGUGACAAUUUGCCAUCAUUAAAGGAACUGACAAUAGUCAAUUGUCCAAGAAUGGAUGCUUCUUUACCUGGUUGGGUUUGGCCUCCCAAUUUGCAAAUCUUAAAAAUUGAGAAGUUGAAGAAGCCCUUCUCCGAGUGGGGUCCACAGACAUUCCCAACCUCACUUGUUGAAUUGCAGUUAAAUGAUGAUGAUGGAGCUGGUAGUAGUAGUGAAUUUUCUCAUCUUCUUCCUUCAUCUCUUACUUCUCUUCAAAUAAAUGGAUUUGAGAAAUUGGAAUCUUUUUCAGUGGGACUCCAACACCUCCAAUCUCUCUCUUUUGACAAUUGCCCUAAUCUGAAGAAAGUGUGUUCGCAUGCCCAACACCUCACCUCCAUCCAGCGUCUCUCUUUUUGGAAUUGCCGUAAGAUGAAGGAUCUACCAGAAAUGUUGUUGCCUUCACUCUUGAGAUUAGACAUCUGGGGUAAUUGCCCAGGUCUGAAAGAAAGAUGCAGUAAAAAGGGGAGUUACUGGCCCCUCAUCUCCCAUAUCCCCUGUCUCGACAUAUGAAGAGUUGAUGCUGCAGACUCGACUGUGACUGGAAGCAUUUUACAGUUUCUAUUACAGAUUUUCCAACCUUCACAGCAGGGAGCAAAACGUUAAAUUUGAUUGGAAGAUUAUAAUGUUGGCUUCCUUUUCCUAAUCUUCUUUUUUUUUCAAUAUCUAUUAGUGAUUCGUGAAUAAAAGAAUGAGUUGACUUAGAUUGUUGGUAAUGGGUUGUGUUUUGUUUGUAAUGGGUCUGAUCACAGAUUGUCUAUUGUAUGUAUACCUAUAGUGCUCUAUUAGUGAUCGUUGCAUCAUUGAUAUCAGUUGUGACUAUUUCAUCCUUUUAUCUAACCAAAAUGUUACUUUUACUCU